UCAGGACAUGGGUUCUACUAUCAUCACUUGUCUCUUUCUCUUUACCAACUAAGUUUUCUUAAAAAAAAAACAAUGGCAUUAUCAAAUAUGCUUUUGCUUUCUACAGUCUUAUUGUUUUCCCUAAUGGCAAUCUCAGACGCUAAUUUCUACCAAAAUUUUGACAUAACUUGGGGCGAUGGACGAGCUAAGAUACUCAAUGGAGGCCAGCUUCUCACACUGUCUCUUGAUAAGGCAUCUGGGUCUGGCUUUCAGUCCAAGAAUGAGUACUUAUUUGGCAGAAUUGACGUGCAGAUUAAACUGGUUCCAGGCAACUCAGCUGGCACUGUCACAACAUUUUAUUUAUCCUCUCAAGGACCAAAUCAUGAUGAGAUCGAUUUUGAGUUUUUGGGCAACUCAUCUGGAGAUCCAUACAUUCUCCACACCAAUGUGUAUAGCCAAGGGAAAGGAAACAGAGAACAACAAUUCUAUCUCUGGUUUGAUCCCACAUUGACCUUUCACACAUACUCCAUUGUAUGGAAUGCUCAAAAGAUCAUUUUCAUGGUGGAUAACAUACCCAUCAGAGUGUUUAACAACUUAGAAUCAAUCGGAGUGCCAUUUCCCAAUAAGCAACCCAUGAGGAUUUAUUCAAGCCUUUGGAAUGCUGAUGACUGGGCAACAAGGGGAGGGCUAGUGAAGACUGAUUGGACAAAUGCUCCUUUUAUUGCCUCUUACAGAAAUUUUAAAGCCAAUGCUUGUGUUUGGUCUUCUGGGUCUCCUUGUGCCUUAACCUCCACCAAUUCAUUGCAGGACAGUAAAUGGCAAGUUCAAGAACUUGAUGCCUCAGGCAGGAACCGGCUGCGGUGGGUGCAGAAAAAGUAUAUGAUAUAUAACUAUUGCUCUGAUUAUAAACGCUUCCCUCAAGGUCUUCCAUCUGAAUGCAAGAGAUCAAGAUUCCUCUAAAUUAAGACGCUACUGCUUGCCUAAUUGUCCUUGGCUUCUUUCUUUCAUUUUUUCCCUUGAUAGGUCAAUUUGGCUAGACAAUUUAUUAUUAUUUAUUCUUUCGUGACAUUUAUUUAUUCCUUAUUCAUUCUAUAAUAUAUAAUACAUUGUAAUGUCAAAUUAUAUAUUAACUAGAUGAAGGUUUGCCUAUUGGAG